UUCUGUCUCUGGGUCUCACACGCAACUGCUGGUAGUCUCCGACUCGGACUCCCCCCUCAAGCUCCUGGCCACGUGGAACGCCAAAGCUCUUUCAGUCGCACACGAAUAUACAUAUAUAUACCCCCUGUUGCGACACCCACCCAAAGCACCACCAACCCUCGACCUAGGGUUUUGAGAACAAACCCUUAGAAAACCUAGAUCUAAUUCCUCGAUCACACUCUCCUUCCUCAGAUCUCCCUCCUCAGAGAUUAAAUAUGGUAUCGGACGCCAGCAAGAAGAAGGCGGCGCAGAAGAAGGCUGCCGCGGCGGCCAAGAGAGGAGGCAAGGCCGCGGCUGCAUCUUCAAAAUCGGCGGCGGGGGUUUCUUCCGAUUCUCAGAACGGAGCUGAGAAAUUGGCGAAUGGAUUUGAUGCUUUUGCCAUAUCCGAUCGGACGUGUACCGGUGUGCUCUGCUCGCAUCCGCUCUCCCGAGAUAUCCGCAUAGAAUCUUUAUCUGUUACGUUUCAUGGGCAUGAUCUCAUAGUCGAUUCUGAACUUGAGCUUAACUAUGGCAGACGUUAUGGAUUGCUUGGAUUAAAUGGGUGUGGGAAAUCUACACUUCUCACUGCAAUAGGGUGCCGAGAGCUUCCAAUACCUGACCACAUGGACAUUUUUCAUCUCACGAGGGAGAUUGAAGCUUCUGAUAUGUCUGCACUAGAGGCUGUCAUAAGCUGUGAUGAGGAGAGGUUGAGAUUAGAGAAAGAAGCUGAAGUUUUGGCUGCACAGGAUGAUGGAGGUGGAGAACCUCUUGAACGAAUUUAUGAGCGUCUGGACGCCUUAGAUGCAUCAACUGCAGAGAAGCGAGCCGCUGAAAUCUUGUAUGGUCUUGGAUUCGAUAAGCAGAUGCAGACAAAGAAAAGUUGUGAUUUUUCUGGUGGCUGGAGAAUGAGAAUUGCUUUAGCACGGGCUCUCUUUAUGAACCCAACUAUCCUGUUGCUUGAUGAACCUACUAAUCAUCUUGAUCUAGAAGCUUGUGUCUGGUUGGAGGAGACUUUAAAGAAGUUUGACCGAAUCCUAGUUGUGGUUUCACACUCCCAGGACUUCUUGAAUGGUGUCUGCACAAACAUUAUCCACAUGCAAAACAAGAAAUUGAAGAUGUACACCGGUAAUUAUGAUCAAUACGUUCAGACCCGUGCUGAACUAGAAGAGAACCAGAUGAAACAAUACAAGUGGGAGCAGGAGCAGAUUGCUUCAAUGAAGGAAUAUAUUGCUAGAUUUGGGCAUGGUUCAGCGAAACUAGCUCGCCAGGCACAGAGCAAAGAGAAAACAUUGGCAAAAAUGGAGCGAGGUGGACUUACUGAGAAGGUGUCGAGAGACAAGAUAUUGGUCUUCCGCUUUGUUGAUGUGGGAAAGCUUCCACCACCAGUACUUCAAUUUGUGGAAGUGACAUUCGGUUAUACGCCUGAAAAUCUUAUUUACAAGAACAUUGACUUCGGGGUAGACUUGGACUCAAGGAUAGCUUUGGUGGGACCCAAUGGAGCUGGCAAGAGUACACUGCUGAAGUUAAUGACAGGUGAUCUGUUUCCUGUUGAUGGCAUGGUCCGGCGGCAUAAUCACCUGAGAAUUGCACAGUUCCAUCAGCAUUUGGCUGAGAAACUUGACAUGGAACUGUCUGCACUUCAGUAUAUGAUCAGAGAGUACCCAGGGAAUGAGGAGGAGAGGAUGAGGGCAGCAAUUGGAAAAUUUGGACUGUCUGGUAAAGCCCAGGUGAUGCCAAUGAAGAAUUUAUCAGAUGGGCAAAGGAGCCGAGUGAUCUUUGCAUGGUUGGCUUACAGGCAGCCCCACUUGCUGCUGCUGGAUGAGCCAACUAAUCACUUGGACAUUGAAACAAUUGAUUCUCUUGCUGAAGCACUGAACGAGUGGGAUGGGGGUCUGGUUCUUGUUAGCCAUGAUUUCAGGCUCAUAAACCAGGUUGCCCAUGAGAUAUGGGUGUGUGAGAAUCAAGCCGUCACCCGGUGGGAGGGUGAUAUUAUGGACUUCAAGCGGCAUCUGAAGAGAAAGGCUGGUUUAUCUGAAUGAAUCAACCGUGCGGGGCAAAGGGCAGGUUGGGGCCAACUUUAGGGAUAAUAUUAUUAUUAUUAUAAUUAUUAUUGUCAGUAGUAAACCCUGGCUUACAUAGUAUUUACAGUUAAGCCGGUGUUCAACCGCUUCUGAGUAAAGUUCUUAUCUUAUGGAUUAUAAGAAAGACACGGACCAGCAGCAGCAGGCAGAGCAGAGGUAAUGAAGGCUUUUUGGUUAUUCUGGUUAUUGUUUCAAGUGAUAUUUUUAUAUUGCUCAAAUUAAUGGUAAUUCCUUCCCAUUGCGAAUGCGAACCAUCUUGUACCAGUGUUUCUAUUCCAUGAAAAUGACAUGUACUGGAGAGCUUAUUUGUUUUCUUAAAUAUUAUCUUUUAUUCUUA